UGAGACUAAAUGAUACCACAAAUUGAAGCUACAGCUCUGAGAUUAUUUAUAGUACUUACUACAAAAUGAGACACUAACUCCAGUUUAAAGUUAGCUCAGGCCUAGCUAAGACAAGUUAUAAUUUCGAUCUGUAAAAUCGAAUGAUUUUAACGAAUUCGAACAAGUAUAGUUGUAAUAAAAUAAGGAUAAUUUUUUGCCAAAAUCGAAAUGGCUCCAGCAAAAGUUACUGAAGAGCCUGAUGAUAGUCAGACAUGGGAACUUGUAGAAAGAUGUUUAUUACCUGUCGCAUUUUCUCAUGCGAUUUCAGUGAUUCUAGCUGCUAUUCUAAACACAUUAGGAAUUUCACAAACAUCCAGUUUUGUAUUAUUUCUACUAUUUCUAUCAUUGUCGGUGGGUUUCACUCUUUUCUACCAUAAUCUGAAGAUUACUGCAGCUGGUAAAGCUGUCCUUGUUACUGGAUGUGACUCAAGAAUUGGCUAUGCUGUAGCAAGAAAAUUUGAUGAAUUAGGUUUCACGGUUUUUGCUGGUUUUCAAGACAAGUUAGAGAACGAAGAUAAAGUGGAAAAACUAAAAAAAGAAGCUUCAGGAAGGUUACAUAUUUUACAAUUAGAUAUCACAAGUGAAAGAGAUAUUCACUCAACAUUUUUGUAUGUUAACGAAAAUUUGCCGGAUGGUGCACCAGGUCUAUGGGCAUUAAUUCAUGCUAAUGCUUGGGUUACUUUAGGUGAAUGUGAAUGGGUUCCUCUCUCAGUUUUAAGGAAAAGUGUUGAUGUUAAUUUUAUUAGCAUCGCACGAAUGACUCAAGUAUUUCUACCAUUAAUACGACGCUGUAAGGGACGAAUUAUUUUGGUAUCAAGUAUUUUGGCUAGAAUUCCAAGUCCUGUACGAGGCAUUCAAUGUGCUAAUGUAGCGGCAUUAGGAGCUUGGGGAUCUUGCCUUAGAUUGGAAAUGCGUCGAUGGGGAGUAGAUGUUGUUAUUGUUGAAACUGGUGAAUAUGUUUCUGGAAAUGCAUGGUUAAAAGACAAUGUUGCUCUCUUAAAUCAAGCACGAGAUAUGUGGAUUCAAUUAGAUCCUCAAACACGAAAAGAGUAUGGAGAGCAAUUAUUCCAAAAAGAAAUGUUAGCAUUGGAAAAAUAUACAAAAGGUCCUGAAGCUGAUUUAACUCGAGUUCUUCGAGCAUUAGUUGAUGGAACAGUUAAGACAUUUCCAUUAAAAAGAUACACACCUGUUACUCGAAAAGAGAGAUUACAAGCAUUUGUUAGUGAUCAUUUCCCAAAAUCUGUUUAUGAUAUCCUUUAUGUAGAUUAAUUUCUUAUCAAAACUAUAACAAGAAUCUAA